AUGCAUACUCAUUCGCUACUUGCAACUACCUUCACGUUGCUAGGAUUGACCACAUCUGCGACCAUCCCGCCACGUACAACCCACGCGUCUCAGACCCUCAGAAUAUGGCCGCUCGGAGAUUCCAUCACCUUCGGAACUUCAUCUACAGAUGGCAAUGGAUACCGCAAAGACCUGCGAGAUCUAUUAACUAAGGCCUCGCUUCAAGUGGAUUUUGUUGGCUCGCAGAAGAGUGACUCCAUGGACGAUGGUGACAAUGACGGUCAUCCUGGUUAUACUAUCCAGCAGCUAUCACCUUACCCCGCCAAGAUUGCUGAGCAAAAGCCCGAUAUUGUACUCCUUAUGGCUGGCACCAACGACAUUGGCAAGAACACGCCGGAUGAGUUGGCGCUGGCCCCAAAACGUCUUGGAGAGCUCGUCGACUGGAUCUUCGGAAAUGUUACAGACACUUCGGUGAUUGUUGCACAAAUUACCCCCUUUGUUCACGACUCUGCCAAAGACAAAAAGGCUAUAGAGUACAACAAAGGUGUCAAAAAGGUAAUUGAGGACAGGUCGGCGCAGGGAAAGAAGAUCACACUGGUGGACAUGCACUCUGCAUUGAAGACGGACGACUUUGGUCCUAACGACAUACACCCGAAUGACGGCGGGUACAGGAAGAUGGCAAAUGUGUGGUUCAAAGGGGUUAAAAAAGUCGUUAAUAAGGGAUGUGCCAGCCAGAAGCAAAGAGAAUAG